UAUUUUGUGUAUUGAAAUGGAAGAUGGUAAUAUGACUGUGGUGAAAGAAUUUAUCCUUUUGGCUUUUCCAAAUCUCCACCAGUUCUGGCUAAUACUGUUUGUUCUUGUCCUACUUAUGUACACCACAUGUGUCUUUGGAAACAUGACUAUAAUUUUCCUAAUUAAGUGGAACGCUUCUCUUCAUACACCAAUGUACUUGUAUAUCAGUAGUUUUGCUUUUUUAGAAAUUAUAUUUGUUUCUGUUAUUGUACCAAACUUUUUACAUAUUCUCGCUGCAGGACAAAACAGGAUAUCAUUUGUUGGCUGUAUUACACAACAGUAUUUUGGCAAUUCAAUGGGAGUAGUGGAAUGUUAUCUCCUGACAGUUAUGGCAUUUGAUCGAGACUUGGCUAUUAACAGUCCACUUCAUUAUUUUAUAAUUAUGAGCAAACUAAAAACUAAACUCGCAGUAGGUCCAUGGAUUGCCGGCUUUGCCAUUGCUUCUAUCCCCACCGUAUUCACGUCUCGCCUAACAUUUUGUGGCCGUAAUGAGCUUGACCAUUUUUUUUGUGAUAUGACACCUCUUCAGAAUUUGGCUUGCUCUGGUUCCUUUAUCGGUAGGGCAGUUACAAAUUCAGCAGCCAUUUUUGCUGUAAUGUUCCCUUUCAUCAUGAUUAUAGGGUUCUACGUGCACAUCAUAGUCACUAUCUCAAAAAUUAAAAGUACAGAGGGCAAACACAAAGCUUUCUCCACCUGCUCUUCCCAUCUCAUUGUAGCCAGUCUGUUCUUUGGUACAUCCCUUAUUGUGUAUGCCGGACCUAAUGGCAGUCAGUAUGAUAAAUAUCUUGCUUUUAUAUACACAAUAGUCACACCAUUGUUAAAUCCAUUUAUUUAUGCACUUAGAAACACGGAUAUGAAAAGUGCAUUCUUCAAAUCAUUUAGCUACAUAAAUCUAAUUAUUUAAAAAAAACAAAUAAAGAUGCCACAUGAAAUAGCUAUGCUGAGAAAUUACAAAGUUUUGCUCAGAACAGUAGCUCCAAAUUCAUUACCGUGUCGACACGGGUCAGUG